CGGAGAUUGACACGGUUGGCUAACCUCACCUCACCUCACUUGAACUCUCUCAGUACACUCACUCACUUGCCGUAAUAAGGUGCUAUCCAGCUGAUGAACGCCCUUGAUGUUGUCAAAUUUAUCGUUAUAAAUAUGACAGGCUUACUUCUCAGUCUUACAACAGGUACAUCUAAACCAUUGCUAGUCCGAUAUGGAUAUGGCAUAGGCACUUGCCUCACGUUUGUCGAGUACUCCAAUAAGAUGCCUGUUCAUCUCCCAUUCCCCUCACACCUAUCUAUGACCGUGGCUGGCCUACCUUGCCUCAUAGGUAUGCCCGUGCCUAGCUACAGCCGACAGCUCUUAUAACCUAGCCAUCAAUGCCCGAAAUGCACCAGCGUCUUUUCCCCAUAGCCGAAGAUGAGACUGUGCUGUCUGUCAGCUUCAGAUAGGUAGAGGUAGGGCACAAUGA